AUGUCUGCUCCUCCUCCUGUUCACUCCUUGCUACCUGCCCGCACCCGUGUUCCAUCAGCCAAAAUCAUCGACAAGAAUAAUGCCGAAGCCCGCAAUGCACAACGGCAACGGGGUGUUGCGCUGAAGCACCUUGUUGCUAUUGUCAAAGAGAUCACACACCUUGUCCCGCGGCUCCCAGACUCCGUCCCCGAGCCGAAUAUUGAUGACAACAAGAUUCUCCGUGUUCUUACAUCAACACCUGCCGACGAUGACACAGUGGCGUCCGUUUUCAAUCGCCGUUUUGACAUUCUUUUCGGAGAGGAUUGCCGGGACGAGGGUGGGAGAAUGAAGUACAUCCGUCGAGGGAAGGAGGGGAUGGAUCUUGUAGUUGCAUACCUCGCAUCUAUCCAAUGGGACUCCGAGGACAACUUAUUGGGCAUUGCACCGAUCAAGCUCCAGCAAAUGGUCGCCGAAUUGCGUCAUCUUUGCUCUACCAACGCAACCGGGAACACAGCGAACGGAAAGGAAAAAUCAGCACAAAAGAGCACCCAGCCUGCGACGACAAGCAGCAAGACGGUACCGACAAAAACGAGCGCUGGCGACGAUGAUGACGCCGGGCGCGACCGCGACUACCAGCCCCGCUGA